GUUAUCGCAAUUUCCGGUCCGGUUGCAAGAUGGCUGCGCCCAGUGGCGGAUUCCAACCUCGUGAGAGGCGCGUUGGAGAGCAGGAAGAGGGCUGGGAUGCGGUGGCUCCCAAGCGGCCCCGACUCGGGGCGGGAAACAAGAUCGGAGGGCGAAGGCUCAUUGUGGUGCUGGAAGGGGCCAGUCUGGAGACAGUCAAGGUAGGGAAGACCUAUGAGUUACUCAACUGUGACAAGCACAAGUCUGUGCUGUUGAAGAAUGGACGGGACCCUGGGGAAGUGAGACCAGACAUAGCUCACCAGAGUUUACUGAUGCUGAUGGACAGUCCCCUGAACCGAGCUGGCUUGCUGCAGGUUUAUAUCCACACACAGAAGAAUGUGCUGAUUGAAGUGAACCCCCAGACUCGAAUUCCUAGAACCUUUGACCGCUUUUGUGGCCUCAUGGUUCAGCUUUUACACAAACUCAGUGUUCGAGCAGCUGAUGGCCCCCAGAAGCUCUUGAAGGUAAUUAAGAAUCCAGUGUCAGAUCACUUCCCAGUUGGAUGUAUGAAGAUUGGCACAUCUUUUUCCAUUCCAGUUGUCAGUGAUGUCAAUGUGGAGUAUACGGAGAAGAUGGUGUCUAUCAGCAACUACCCCCUGUCUGCAGCCCUCACCUGUGCAAAACUGACCACAGCCUUUGAAGAAGUAUGGGGGGUCAUCUGACAAUAGCACCUUGUUCUGAAACAGAGACUGUUGCCAUUAUAUCCCUUGGCCCUGCUUUCCGCCCGCUGCUCGGAGAGCGGACCUUCCUGCACCGGGACUGUGGGGGGUUUGGGGAAGCCGAGGCUGUACAUUUGCUAUUUGUUUAGCCUAUAAAUACUGUUUAUCCUAUAAAUAUCUGGUAGUUCUUUGGGGAUUCCUAAAAUUAGCAGGAUCUUAAUGGUGGAAAAAAAUCUUAAUGGUUGUUCUUCUCAGACUCCAGGAAAAGAUGUGAGGUCACAGCGUUUGCAAGUUUGGUCCCAGGC